AUGAACAUGACCGACGAAGUAGCAAUUGUGACGAAAGCUAAAGAAAACAUCAUCUUUGCAAUGAGCGCUCUUAGUGAACAGCAACGAAGAGAACUGUCACAAGCGAAGCACAAUCUCAUCCACAAAUGUUCAUUCAAUGGAAAACCAUGCGACAUUGACAAGGACUUUGCAAUCAUCUCUGAUCCCACGUUUGGUAAUUGCUUCACUUUUAACUACAAUCGAUCCGAUUUUAAGAGCAGUUUGAGGGCUGGACCUAUGUAUGGCCUCCGGGUGAUGUUAUUCGUCAAUGCCUCUGAUUACCUGCCUACUUCAGAAGCUGUUGGUGUACGACUGACCAUUCACGACAAGGAUGAAUUUCCGUUCCCGGUGAGUCUCUGUCUUUGCUACUACCCCAUAUAGAU